AUGUCAGCCGAGGUGCGGCUGCGGCGGCUCCGGCAGCUGGCACUGGACCCCGGCUUCCUGGGGCUGGAGCCCCUGCUCGACCUUCUCCUGGGCGUCCACCAGGAGCUGGGCGCCUCGGAUCUGGCCCAGGACAAGUACGUGGCCGACUUCUUGCAGUGGGUGGAUCCCAUCGCCGCCAGGCUUAAGGAGGCUCGACUGCAGAGGGAUGACUUUGAGAUUCUGAAGGUGAUCGGACGCGGGGCGUUCAGUGAGGUAGCCGUGGUGAAGAUGAAGCAGACGGGGCAGGUGUACGCCAUGAAGAUCAUGAAUAAGUGGGACAUGCUGAAGAGAGGCGAGGUGUCUUGCUUCCGUGAAGAGAGGGACGUGUUGGUGAACGGGGACCAGCGCUGGAUCACGCAGCUGCACUUCGCCUUUCAGGACGAAAAUUACCUGUACCUGGUCAUGGAGUACUACGUGGGCGGGGACCUGCUAACGCUGCUGAGCAAGUUUGGGGAGCGGAUCCCGGCCGAGAUGGCGCGCUUCUACCUGGCAGAGAUUGUCUUGGCCAUAGACUCGGUGCACCGACUGGGCUAUGUGCACAGGGACAUCAAGCCCGACAACAUCCUGCUGGACUGCUGCGGCCACAUCCGCUUGGCGGAUUUCGGCUCCUGUCUCAAAUUGCGCGCGGACGGAACGGUGCGGUCGCUGGUGGCUGUUGGCACCCCGGACUACCUGUCCCCCGAGAUCCUGCAGGCCGUGGGCGGCGGGCCCGGGGCAGGCUGCUACGGGCCCGAGUGUGACUGGUGGGCCCUAGGUGUGUUCGCCUAUGAAAUGUUCUACGGCCAGACGCCCUUCUAUGCCGACUCCAAGGCGGAGACCUAUGGCAAGAUCGUGCACUACAAGGAGCACCUGUCUCUACCGCUGGCCGACGCAGGGGUCCCAGAGGAGGCUCGCGACCUCAUCCAGCGACUACUGUGUCCCCCCGAGACGCGGCUGGGCAGGCAAGGAGCAGAUGAUUUCCGAAAGCAUCCCUUUUUCUUUGGUCUCGACUGGGACAGUCUCCGAGACAGCGUGCCCCCCUUCGCACCGGAUUUCGAGGGUGCCACGGACACGUGCAACUUUGAUUUGGUGGAGGACGGGCUCACUGCCAUGGUGAGCGGGGGCGGGGAGACGCUGUCAGACAUGCGGGAAGGCAUGCCGCUAGGAGUCCAUCUACCUUUUGUGGGCUUCUCUUACUCCUGCAUGGCCCUCCGGGAUGAUGAGGUCCCAGGCCCCACGCCCAUGGAACUGGAGGUCCAGCCUGAGGCCAAACCUAAGGCCGAGCCCAUGCUCGAGCCACCUGGGCAGACGCCCAGCCUGGAGCCCAUGGUGUCCCCGCUGGAGGAGACAGUGUCCAGUGCUGCAGAAGCUACAGGCAGCCCUAAGCCUGGUCCCCAAGAGCAGGCUGAAGCCGCAGUUCUGGAGACCAUUCCCAAGGCCAUGCAAGAGGUGGCUCCAGAGAUCAUCCAGGUGGCCAUCCCGUUGGUGGAGGAGGCAGAGGUGAUGCAGGGAGAUCUCCAGGAGGCCCUGGAGGAAGAGGUGUUUACCCGGCAAAGCCUGAGCCAGGAGCUGGAGGCCAUCCGCAUUGCUAACCAGAACUUUGCCAGUCAACUCCGGGAGGCCCAGGAAAGGAACCGAGAUCUGGAGGAGCACAUCCGACAGCUGCAGGAGCAGGUGGAGUCGCUGCAGGCUGAGGGAGCUGCAGCUGUCACGGGGGUCCCCACACCCCGGGCCACGGAUCCACCUUCCCAUCUAGAUGGCCCCCCGGCCGUGGCUCUGGGCCAAUGCCCGCUGGUGGGGUCAGGCCCCAUGCACCGCCGCCACCUGCUGCUCCCUGCCAGGGUCCCUAAGCCUGGCCUACCGGAGGCGCGUUCCCUGCUGCUGUUCGCCGCUGCGCUGGCUGGUGCCGCCGCCGUGGGCUGCGCUGGGCUGGCGGCCAGCGCCGACCAACUCGCCCCAGUCUGGCACCUCCGGGGAGCCUCCUUCGCCCCCUGACCCCUAGAGCCC